AAGAGCACCAGGCGCAGUCAGUGCAGGUGGAGCUGCUGCUGCUGCUGCUUGUACCACAGAUUACUGCCCUCAGGAAUUUCUCUCAAAAAGAAGCCUCACCGCCAACAACUGCCAACAUGCCCAAGUGCCCUAAAUGCGAGAAGGAAGUGUACUUUGCGGAGCGAGUAUCAUCUCUGGGAAAGGACUGGCACAGACCCUGCCUGAAGUGUGAGAAGUGCAAUAAGACUCUGUCUGCAGGCUCUCACGCAGAGCAUGAUGGAAAGCCAUACUGUAACAACCCGUGCUAUUCUGCACUCUUCGGGCCCAAAGGUUUUGGACGUGGAGGUUCUGAGAGCCACACAUUCAAAUAAAUCCUAACAGAGGUGUCAUCCUUCAUUAAACCUGAGGAAUGUACCACAGCAUUCAGCUAGCAUCUUUUUAUCUUUAUAUAACUACACCAAAAACAUGACCACACCACGGUUGUACUAUCACCACUGAUGACUGGUUUCCUUGACAAAGAUUAAACCUAAACCUAGACUAAAAAGGUUAUUUACUGGUGAAUUAUCAUUAGCAAUACAUUUUGGCUCAGGUCUAGGCUUGAUACAUGUCUAGAAAACCACCCUAGUAGGAGGAUGUACUGUAACUUGAUAUAGCACAAUGGAAUGAAGUUUUGGAAUAAUUCUGAAGCACUAUUUGAAUUAAGUUUUGUAAUUAAAAAAUAUAAAGAGGUA